AUGGACCCCGACGCGCCUCUCCCAGAGCCUUCGCCUUCCAUAUUCCGCUGGGUAUUGGGAUUUCUGAUCGUCGGAGCCUGCUGGGGUCUCACCACUCCUUUCAUGAGAAGAGCAGCCAUAACACGCGACACGCAGCCCAAGCCUUCGCGGCCACUGUUGGAAAGUCCGAACACGCCAUGGUUGAAGAAGAAGAUAUGGGGCAUUGCGUAUGCUGUGUACGAUCUGCUCAAGAAUCCUGCCUACGCGCUUCCGUUGCUCUUGAAUGUCACUGGCAGCGUGUGGUUUUUUAUUCUGGUUGGUCAAGCCGAAUUGAGUCUUACUGUACCAAUUACGAACUCAUUGGCGUUUCUAUUUACAGUUCUGGGAGAAUGGUGGGCAGAAGGAAAGGUCAUCUCUCGUGAUACCUGGAUUGGUAUGGGUCUUGUGCUAGGCGGCAUUGCUCUCUGUGUACAUUCCAAAACCUCAUCGUGA